AUGGAGGAUACAAUUACCUUCCACCUGAUUGAGCGCGUCCAGUUUCCUUUGAACAAAACAAUCUACGAGCCCCGCGGUGUCGCCAUCCCCGAUUGCGAUCUCAGCUUGCUUGACUGGAUAUUCCGACAGGAAGAGCGCAUGCAGUCUCUCAUCCGCCGCUACCAGUCACCCGACGAAUACCCAUUUUUCCCCGAUGCUCUCGAAACCCCCAUUCUGAAGCCACUCAACUACCCGAGGAUCCUGCAUCCCAACGACGUCAACGUGAACUCGAAGCUAAAGGAGAGUUACAUCAAGCACAUCUUGCCAGAGGCCUGCUUGCAGACUGGACACGGCGAUCGAGGUGAAACACAGGAGAACUAUGGGUCAUCGGCGCUGUGCGAUAUCGUCUGUCUCCAGGCCUUGUCGCGCCGCAUACAUUUUGGCAAGUUCGUCGCAGAAUCCAAGUUUUUGGCUGAGACGGACCGCUUCGUUAAGCUGAUCAAGGCCGAGGACCGGAACGGCAUAGAUGAGGCCAUUACGAAUUCCAAGGUGGAGCAGAAGGUGCUCGAACGGUUGAGGCUCAAAGCUAAAACAUACGGCUGCGAUCCUGACAUCGGCUCCAAUAACGAGGCAAAGGUCAAUGCCGAUGCUGUGGUAGCCAUGUACAAGGUGAGAGAAUCCUGGAAAGACGCGACAAGAGCGCUUCACUAA